AUGGCCGGAGAGGAUGCAGCGCCCGAGAUGCCGACGCCGCCCAAAAGCCAGAUUGUCCUGAUGGUGGUGAUGAUGGGGUGGAAGUACUUGGAUGUUGAUGUGGGCCCUGGCACGCCCGGUCUGCUGUACCUGCGGCUCUUCUAUGGCGCCGGGAUGGUGCUGACGGUCUGCUGCUUUGGCGCGCUGUACCUCAAGAUCAGCGCGAUGCCGGUGGACCCCAAGACCAAGGUCAAGGUCACCAUCGAGGAACCGAUGAAGCCCAAGCGCACGGAGGAGAUCACGCUGCCCGAGCAUGACAUGCGCGAGUGGAAAAAGAUGCUUACGCAGUCGGCUGCGAGCAUGGUGCUGAUCCCGUUGAUGCACUACAAGUGGGAGUACACCAUCCCGCUCGUGAUCCAGGGCGUCAGCGGCCCGCUCAUGCUCCUCAGCCACAGCCUAAGCCAGGUCCACCUCUUUGGCCAACCUGCGGAGGGCGCGCUCGCCCGGCCGUGGAAGCCUCCGCCGACGCCCUUCGACGGGCUGAAAAAGGCGUUCGAAGAGCCAGAGGCCGCGGCGGCGCCGGCGGAACAGGCGGCGGGCGACGCCGGGGGCGAUGCCAAGAAGGGGAGCUCGAAGAAGAAGAAGUGA